UGGUCGUUAGUGUUUUUUAUUUUUUCGGAGGGUCUACAGUCAAGUUGUGUUUAUACAGCGCGGAUGAAAGAAACGAUUGUAGAAAAGUUAAGAAAAGAAAAAUCAUAAAAUAAUAUUUUUUCAUAUAAUUUAUCAUUCGAUCAUAAGAAAACACUACACACACAUAAUGCCGAGCGAGAACGAACAACAAUAUUAGGAAACGGAAUUAAAUUUAGACAACAAUUAUAUCAAUAUUCAAUGUUUGAUUUUCCGUUGAUUCAUAAACGUGCGGUUAUCUGAGUUCUCCUCGAAAAAUAAAAGUGUUAUUAAAAUAGUUCCAGAUUCAGUGUUGAAAACCAAAAACAAGAGUGGAUUUAAUUGAAAUCAAGAAAGAAAGAAAAAAAAUAUUUAAAUAAAAGAUCAAGAGAAGGAUAAAAUCUAAAAUCUAAGAAAAAGAAAAUAUUAAAGUUAAGAAAAUCAAGAGAAAAGUCCCAAAAUGUCAAGUGCAAUAGAAAUAUAAAACGAAAGUGAGAGAAUUAAGCUUGGAAGUAUUAAGCAACAGAAGCAAAAGAAUCAUCAGUGGAAGAAAAAUUCUUGAAGGAAAUGAUUCAACUUGAAUCUUGUGGUCACAUAAAUGGCGAUAGUGAAUCAAGUUCUGCACGUGAAGAAGAAAUAAAGGAGGAAUCGUGUGAUGACAAAGAAAAUUCAAUCGAUAUCAGUCGCAAACGCAAACAAAGAAAAAACAAUUUAACAGAUUCUUCGAUUGCGAUGGCUGAUUGUGAAGCAUUGCGUGUGGAGGAAGAGGGUGAGGAUGUAAACGGAAAUUUGGAGGAAAAUGGCAAAUCGAUAGCGAAAGAUGAGCCAGACGACGAAAAUGUAGCAGGCGAUGAAAAUGAAAUGGAGCCAGGAGAAAUUAGUUUCAGUCAGUCGAAUGCAAUGGAUUUACAAGCGGCUGUACAAGCACAAUCGGCUGCAUCAGCUGUUUUAAAUGAAGCGAAUGCAAUAUUUAAUAACGCUGCCAUGUUCCAGCCUGGACAAAUGUCAAUGCAAACCUUUCAAAAUGCCAUUGCACAGUUCACAGCUAAUGCAAUUGCUAACAACAUGGACAAUGAAACAGUUAUGAAGAAUUUGGCAAUUUUACAAUCAGCACUCUUCACUCUUCAACAGCAACAAUUCCUUCAAUUUCAAUUAAUUCAGCAUUUGCAAUCUCAAUUAGUUAAUAAAAAGGGCGAUAGCGAUACGAACACUGAGAAACCUAGUAGCAAAUGUGAUUCGGACGAUGACGAUUCCGACCGUAAAAUGAAAGAUGACAUUGACGAAGAAGAUGGAGACAUUGACGAGCUUGAAGAUGAUAGACAGAAUCAAAUUCGCCAACGCAUUAUGGAAACAAAACAUUUCACUAAAAUGCAAGAAGCUCUCAUGAAAGAAAAUGAAAGCAGAAAUCCAAAAUCAAAAUCACAUGAAAACGGCGACGUUGAAAAUAUCCUUAAAAAGGCUGAAGAAGGUUUAAAUGGAUUAAAUGCUUUCACAAGUAAUUUUUCACUAGCAUCAAACAUCAUAACUGAUCAUGAUCCGGCAAUUCAAAUCAGUGAAUCAACGAAUUCUCUAGCGAUGUUAGAGAAGAAAGCGCAAGAAGUUCUUAAUUCAGCAUCCCAGGGAAUCUUGUCAAACAAUCUUCUUGAUGAAUUAGCUUUUGCUAAUGACAAAGCAUCACCGAAUGGAAGAACUGAUUCGUCUCUUUUUAAGCAUCGCUGUCGGUAUUGUGGUAAAAUAUUUGGCUCAGAUUCGUCACUUCAAAUUCACAUUCGUUCGCACACGGGUGAACGUCCUUACAAGUGCAACGUGUGUGGAAGUCGCUUUACUACAAAAGGCAACUUAAAAGUUCAUUUUCAAAGACACUCUGAUAAAUAUCCGCACAUCCCAAUGAAUCCAAAUCCAGUGCCGGAACAUCUCGACAAAUAUUUCCCUCCACUCGUUCCAUCAGAAGCUCUUAAAGAAAUGCCAAAUGCACCACCGACAACUAAUCCACCGUUCCCAAAUAUUGAAAACAGACAAUUUCCUCAACGAGGCUUUUUCCCUGACUUUUACUUCCCACGCCCACCAAUAGAACUUUUCGGACCUGUUGGUGCUGGUGAAGCUGCAAGAAAUCCCGUCGAUUUAUCGCAGAUGAAAAAGCCCGAAUCUCCAUCAUUUCGAUUAUCACCAGAAGUGAUGAUUCAUGAAGAAGAAGAAGAAGCACAUUCACAGCAAACAAUCAAAGAAGAACCGGAGGAUGAAACGUUAGAUUUAAGCGAUAAAUCUCAUAAGAAUUCAUCUUCAUCUGAGAAGAAUAUUCAAACAACAAAGCCUCCAGCAAUAACCCAGCCUCUUCAUAUAUCAUCACCAAACAAUUGUCACCAAAAUCAUCAGCAUCAUCGAAUUGAUAAAGACGAGCAAGUUAUGAAUGAACGAUCAUCAAGAAUAAAUCGUCAUGAGAGAGAACGCGAGAAGGAACGUGAUAGAGACGAGAAAGAAUUUAGUUUGCGUAUGAAAAACAAUUCGGUAGAGAAUUUAGCAAAAGUUCCGUCCGUAUCUCCACCAAGCAGUUCUUCAAGCACAUCCGGUUCACUUUAUCAAGAUACUGUGCUUGAUCCAAGCUAUUUUUCGGCACAUCUACCUCGUCCCGAUAGCAAUGACAGCUCAUGGGAGAAUUUUAUUGAAAUCUCAUCAGAAACUUCAAAGCUUCAAGAACUUGUCGACAAUAUAGAUAACAAGAACAUCGAACCGAAUCAAUGCUUGGUGUGUAAAAAAGUUUUGUCAUGUCGAAGUGCAUUACAAAUGCAUUACAGAGUGCACACUGGGGAACGACCUUUUCGAUGCAAGAUUUGCGGUCGUUCGUUUACAACAAAAGGAAAUUUGAAGACUCACAUGAGUGUUCAUCGUAUUAAGCCACCAAUGCGAACGCUUCAUCAAUGUCCGGUUUGUCAUCAGAAGUUUUCAAAUAUUUUUGUGCUACAACAACAUAUUCGCUUACAUACAGGAGAAAUGACUGACUUAACGCCAGAUCAAAUUCGUGCUGCUGAAAUUCGGGAAUUUCCCGAGAUCCGUGAACAUACUGAAAUGAAAAUGCCACCGUUUGGUAUCAGAAUGAGUGAUUUUCCACCACAAAAAAGAUCUGUAGAGCAGUCAGAUGAUGAAAAUAAUGUAGAAAUGACAGAUGCUAAUCGUGAGCGUGAACAACACGUGAAUAAACGUGACAAUCGUGAAAUUCAACGUGAAAAAUCACAGGCUAAUAAGUCGAAUAAAAAGCACAAUAGUGAAAAUCAUCGCGAAGGAAUUCGCGUUAAAACUGGCUUAACAUCGCCCGACAUUGAAACUCACGUGGAAGAUUUGAGAGCGAUGAACUUACAAAGAUUAUCAGUGCAUUCAGCAUCGAAUGAUGACUAUUCUCGUGAUUCAUCUCCUGUGAGUCCCAGCAUAUCAGAAGCUAAAAGACUGCGCUCGUCAAGUCCAUCUGUCAAUCAAACUCCACCGUCUGGAUUAUCGAAUCGUUCACCCAUUGCAACUCCGCCUUCAACUGAACGCCCACCGUUUCCUUACGGCCCUCACUUCUUAGGCAUCCAUCAAUUUCCUCCCUUUGUCAAUCGACCACCAUUCAUGGCAAAUGUUCCUAUCGUCCCAUCGAGUGCUAACAUGCCACCCUUUGGAUUAUUCGGUGUUCGUGGUAAUACAACAACCUGCAACAUAUGCUUUAAAACAUUCGCCUGCAACUCAGCAUUAGAAAUUCAUUAUCGAUCGCAUACCAAAGAAAGACCUUAUAAGUGCUCGAUUUGUGAUCGCGGAUUUUCUACAAAGGGUAAUAUGAAACAACAUAUGCUCACACAUAAAAUACGUGAUAUGUUCGGGAAUUCGAAUUCUGGUGAUGAAUCUCGUAUGUCGUCUGGUGGUGGGCAAACAAGCGACUCGCAAUCAACCAUCAAUAACAACCAACAAAUUAAUUUUGCUAUCAAAUUAGAAAAUUCGCGUUCGCCUAAUAUCAAUGGCGUCAAAAAUGGCGAAGACGACGAGAUGAAUAAUGAAUCGGUUACAAAAGAGAAUGAAGACAAAGUGGAAUCAAAUUUUUCGGCGCUUGGUCAGAAAUUUACAAAAGAACCAGAUAUCAAGAAAUGGUGCAACAAAUUGAAUGAAAUGCCAGAAAACAUUGCUGCGAGUUGAUAGAAUCAAAAAGACACACGCAGCAUUUCAAAGCAGACUAUUAAAGACUUAUGUAAGGAAUAAAUUAUGAAGCAAACCAAAAUGUUAUUUUACAGAAGGAAAAUCAACUUAAUAUAAGGAACUCAUUUUUUUAAACGCUAAAGAAGAAUAAGAUGAAAAAAAAGUUUGACAUAUCAAAAUUUAACAUAACUAAAUGAAAUGGAUAGUGUACAGAAAUAUAAAAGAUCUUAUCUACAAUACCAUAAGAAAAAAAACACACAAAACUUCAAUCCAAUAUACGCAGAGAAAGGUUAAAUACAAAUUUUUUUCAUUAAUAAGGACAAGCAGCAGUUGGCUUAGGUGCAAAAGUUUGAAAUAUAGAUGGCGUAACGAUAUCGAGGAUAUUUUAAGGAUGGGUGUAUGAAAAGUUUUAUCGUUUUGUUCUUCCUUUCGUUAUUGAAUGUCAUUUUAUGAAGAUACUGGAAAAUACAAAAAAAAGUUAUAAUCUAAAUAUAAUUUACAAAUCACAAUCCGUGUAAAAAAGAACAUUUUGGUGUAAAUUUGAUAUUUUUUUGUUAACAAGAAAAAAAACAUACUUAAAGUUAAAGACAUUUUAAAAGAAAACUAUCCUGCAAAAACACCUACACUCAAAGUUUCAUUAUAAGGCACUUAGUUGUAUGAAAAAAUUAUAAAACAGAUUUGAAUUUGAAAAUGGUAAAAAAAAAUUCAUGUUUAUACCAAUAAUUAUUUUUGUGAUAAUAAAUUUAGUUUGAGUAAAAGAAAUAGAAUAAAACGCUGAAAUUUAUUGAGAAUAUUCUGAAAAAAAAAAUCAUUAUCUUCACCCACUCGUAUGGUUUCUUGUUUUCUUUUUAUAAUUUAUCUCUUCAUAUGCAUGAAAUCUUUACAUUUGGAUGAAUCAUUUUUUGUACAUAUUAAAAAUGUAAUUACUAAAAUACACAAAAAAUAUAUAAAAUAAUUAAAAUGCAGAC